GUUUUAGGGCUCUCCUCAACAACCACUAUCGACGGGCUAUAGUUUUCCAUUUCCUCUACUUUUGUCUGCUCUGUCUUCUUCGUCCGUCUCUCCCACCUCCUCGAUCCUAAAGCUUGAAAUGUGAAUCGCUAGAGCCUAUGUAAGAUGUCUGAGAAGAAGAUUCGUCCCAUCAAGCUGAAUCGUUAUACCAUGUUGGGAGAAGAUAACAGCUCCUCUAGGAACGCCUUGGUCAAAGUCAAGUUAGAGAAGGACAAGCACGUUUCUUCAGAUACUGGGAAAGCCAUUGUCACAGUCAAGUUAGAGAAAGAAGAAGAAGAAGAGGGCUUUCAUCAUGUAACUAGAAGCGUCCUGAAGAGAAAACAGCUCUCUCAGUCAGCAGACAACAACUCUCUCGUUGCAGUCAAGAGUGAAAACUACACCUUUGAGAAACAGAGAACAACUCGGUGGAGUACUAAUAGGGUUGAUUCUGCUGAGCAAGCAAUGGAGGAUGUAUUGAAAGAGGUAGGCGCUUCUUUCGAGAAUCCUAUCUCACGAGGCGAGUUAAGAGCCAUAGCUCGAAAGAGAAUCGGCGAUACUGGGCUGUUGGAUCAUUUGCUGAGGCAUAUUGAUGGGAAUGUGACACCUGGCGGUGCUGAUCGGUUUAGGAGGUGUUACAAUACCGAUGGAGCCAUGCAGUAUUGGCUGGAGAGUGCUGAUUUGCUUAAGGUGAAAUGUGAGUCUGGUGUUCCUGAUCCUAACUGGGUUCCUCCUCCUUGGUGGAAGCUUCAGAGUGUGAUCAAACUUGAGCCUGGGGAUUGUGAACCGUCCUUUAAUCUUAAGGAAUCAAUUGAUCAAAUGAAGAGUGAUAUCAAAGAGCUUGUAGCUGAUGUGGCUCACAUUAAGCGUGAAUCUGGAGUUCCUGAUACUGAUUUGAUUCCUUUAUCUCAAUGGAAGAUUAAGAGAUCGGCACAUGAAUCUCCUUUAUCUCAAUCUUCUGCUGUCUCUUCAAAGCUUAGGGAAGAGAUUAAUAAAAUGAAGAGUGAUAUCAAGAACCUUGUAACCAAGCCAAAGUUACCAGAUCAUGCUGAUGCAAAUGAGAAACGAUUCACGGAAUGUAUGAGGUGGAAGGUAGAGACUGAUAAGAAAAUUGCAGAGAUCUCAACGUCAUUGACUUCAACACAGAGCAUGGUUAAGGAACUAGCUUCAUGGAAAGAUAAAGUAGAACAUCAGCUGGUGGGAAUUUCAAGCUCGCAGAACAAUCUGCAGGCAAAUGGGAGCAAAUCUCCUCAUAACUGGGAACAUCUAUUGCAUAGUGCCAACUUGGAUGACUUCACAGUGAAUGGUUUUGAUCCAUGGGAUGUUGAAGCUGACCUUACCGAUGUUCUUCCACCAAAUGCUCGCAAAAGCUCUUUCCAAGACCAUAUGUGGUUUGAGGAACAGUCAGUGCUCAACUCCGAAAUGCAAAGGACGGAGAGAGGUGAUUCCAGAAGCUCCAAUCAGGACAAAGCAGAGUUGACUCCAGGUUCUUCAGUGACUGCAGGUCCAAGAUCUGAUAUUGACGACCCAAGUAUUCUGUCUCAGGAAACAUUGAAAGAGUUGGUGAGUUGGAAAGCCAAAGCAGAGCAGCAGCUAAUGGAAAUGUCAGACGCUGUCCGUGCUCUUCAGGGAUAAGAGUCAAACACACUAGGCCACAUGAAUGGUAGAUUCACCUACAUAGAAUCCCUUUGGAGACUUCUUGUACAGGGUUUCUGCGAUAACUGAACAAAGAAAAAGGAAACAAUGAGACUAGAGAUUAGUAGGUUUCUGGAAAGUUAAGGAACAGGGAGAAGAAGUGAUCCUCUUUAUCUAAAUGUGUUAUUGAAGUUAGAGACAAGGCUUUAAUAGUAGUUGUUGCUGUAUAUAUUCUCUCUGACUACUCUUAUUCAACAAGGAAGGUUUUGAGUAAUCUUUUUUCUUUCUCA